AGCCAGACAGCUGUUCGCUGCGAUGAAUUUUUCGCAGUAGUAGUCGAUAGAUUUGCUGUCAGGCGAUACAUCGAUUGCAUGUCGCAUCGAUACACGCUGUGAGCAUUCCCUGCGCUUGCGCUUCAGUUCUUGUUGUGGAAUUUUGAAGACGUUGGCGUUUGAUUUUGUUUAUUGCGUGUUUUUUUAUUCGUUUCGCUGUUUCGUUUGACCGUUUUGUAUGUUUUUAGUGUUAGGAAAUAGCAACAGCUGAUGGCUUUACAUAUAUCGGUCAGAGGACAAUUUGGCAGCAGCUGCAGGAGACCCGUCAACGUACUCGACGAUCCAGCCCGUGUCAAAAAAGAUCUUGAAAACGAGCGUCGCAUAACUCGUUUACAGCAGGUGCGUGAGAAGUCCAACCACUUGGCCCGGAAAAUACGCGAGGAUGUUGCUGCGGAAAAAAAGCGCCAAAUUGAUCGAUUGGAGCAGACCAAGCAGGACGAGCUGAAAGUGUGGCGUGAGCAUGUUUUGGUCAAAAAGCACCAAGACUACCGCUCGGCCAUAUUUCAAGUGGGUUCCGCCCAUCGGGCAGCCAAAGCGGAGACUGAGCGCACCGAAAAGCGCAAGCAGGAGAAAAUCGACAAAAUGAAAAACUGCAGACUGCGUGCGAUGAAAAGGAACGCAGGGAAAACGAAUGUCAAGCUGAGAUCAACCGCUGGCAUGAAUCUCAAUGCACAGGGACGUGCAACGACUGGCACACAAACUCCUUUGCCCCAGCUGCCCCAGGCAGUCGAGCCCGAUGACAAGGAGAAUCGUGCUUCUGGCGGCGCGACACACAAUUACCAGAGCAAUCCGAUGAAAAGCUGCUGCGAUGACCAUCCCGAUUGCUUCUGCCUGACGACCGACGACGAGGAUGCUUGUGACGAUUUCGUGUGCGAGAGCAGCGACUCCUCCAUCCUGCAUUUGGACGAUGAUGGGGAGGAGCAGACGCGACCGUCCUCACCGAAAUCCGAUGCGACCAGCAAACUGAAGAAAAACCCCACAGUGAUCUUAGAUGUGGACAUAGACGACGCAGACUGCCGUGUGAUCAACACAUGCACCACUGGCAUGGACAUCAACGACAGAUACAUUCAAACCAAUCGCAAAUUCAGCCAUGUGGUGCGUCCCAGUCCAAGGACUAGUCCCGAGCGAAGGGACAGUCCACGCCGGCCACGGUUCACCCAAAUCACGGACUUGGUUAAACGCAACGAGAUAACUGUUAGGCCAGUGCAGCAAGCACCAGCUCAAGCUCCAGCGCCAGCGGAAGCGCAGCAAGUGCCAACAGCACCGCCGAGCCCCACAAAGUCACUGCCCCGAUCGCCCAGGAAAACAAUGCCAGCAGCAAAGCUUCCUCCCGAGGCUGCUUCUGGCAGCAGACUAGCCACCAAGCGGGCGCCAUCUGCUGCCCAGCCACCCAAGAAAAGCUCAAUAGCAGGAACGAGACGAUCCACUGGACUGAGAACAGAUCCACCUCCUGCCAAGGUGAUCGAUGCGGGAAUAACAGGAACGAGGCGAUCCACUGGACUGAGAACAGAUCCACCUCCUGCCAAGGUGAUCGAUGCGGGAAUAAAAAGAAAAACGUUGCCAACAAAAAUAGGCAGUCAACCGUCAGCUGCACAACCAAAGGUCCAGGCCGCACAGCAGCCAACAGCCCAGGGAGAAGUCCCUUCAAUGCAGCAGCAACAGCCGCAAAUGCAACAUCCCUCUUUAAUGCAGCAAAAUCCACAGAUGCAACAAGCUCUGCCAAUGCAGCAGCAUCCGCAAAUGCAGCCACCUAAUGCUCUGCAGCAAGCACCACAAUAUCCUCAUCCUCUACAGCAGCAGCAGCAGCAGCAAGCACCUUUUCCUCCUUUACAGCAGCAGCAAGCACGAUACCCUCCUCCCAUGCAGCAGCAGCAGCAGCAA